AUGCCACUUGCUGGACGUCAGUACUGGACAACACCACAGAAAUCUUAUGUGACCUCCUGGAAGACAACUAUACAUCCUGGACGGACUUCGAAGCAGACUGUCACCAAGGUCUCUGCGGCACAGCUACAGAGGGCGAAACAGCGACUAACUAUGGAAUGGAAGCUUCGUGAAGACGUGGACAAACUGCAAAGCCAAAUGAUCAUUGAUCGCAAGGCAACCCAGCCUUCCCCACAGCCAAACAAACCUUCAUACACCGCACCACCCCCAUACAGAUACAGUUACCGCUACAACACACCACUGAUGCCUCCCCCUCAGACUCAAGUAGCUGCACCCCCACCUCCAUCAUCAUUUCAACCCCCAGCACUGCCUCUAACACCCCAAGUCCCACAGACGCCACAAGCUGCGCACCUAUUCGCACCUGCAGCCCCAAUGACACGUGGAAACCUGUUCUACAGCUAUCGGGGGUACCCACAGACACCAUCACGAAGAGGAGGCUCACCUGCAGACCGCAUGAGAACUGCUGCACAAUAUGCUACCAUCCCACACCAUCCCAACUCUGAUGCUGGCAAACAAGCAUAUGCCCAACAGAUCCAGGAGUGGCACACGCAGCAUGGGACAGAUGCCAUACCCAACUCACAACGACCAUAUCCGCUGAAACCCGGGACGUCACCCAUCUGGUCCAGAGAAUGCUUCAACUGUGGUAUGGCAAUGACACCACCACAUCAAGCAUACGACUGCCCCAAUGAGGCCGUGCCGAUGCAGGAGAUGAAGUGGAGAGAGACAGUAUCACGACUGGUAUCCAGAACGUUGACAGCACCAACCACACCAGGACCAACGUCGAACGUCCAAUUUGUGGCAAAUGCCGCACCAGCUCAAUAUACCAUGCCACAGAGCCCUUACACAGCACCAACUCAGGCCUACCCUCAAUAUUCGUACUUCGCUGAUCCAUACAAAAUUACCCCAGACAUCCCAACCAGCAGCUUACCCUCAGUCCCCACCUCUGCAUUUCCAUCACAAUUCAACACCUCUGCACCUAACUCGCCAAACUCCCAAACACCUGAGACCCUGAACAUCGAAGAAGCGGAUGACGAUCUUGUCAUGCCCACGAUCAAUGUCACUUCACCUGACUCGGAUGUACAUUCCAUUUCUAUGCCAGACUGCCCAGAUUUGCCCCUUAGUACUUCCCUGCAUGUUGAUUCCCAUUCCAUAGCAAACACUGACACCUUGAGUUUGUGGGUUACCGUACUGGACCCAGUAGACCACAACACCUCUACAAAUAGUUCCUUCGUCACGCUAAGUCUUGUAUCUACUUGUGAAUCCAAACCUGCUUCUGACUGUUACUCUGGUGAAAACGACCACCCAAUUGUCGAUGUUUACGCCAUUUCAGAUAACGAUCACACAACUGAUCACACGCCUGCAAGCACCCCAUUUGUCACGCAAAUAGUUCUAUAUGGACCAGGGGCAAAAACAUCAUGCUUUCAAGCAAACAUUGAUGACGGAGCUAUGAUCAAUGCGAUUGACCUCAAGACUUUCAACAAAGCAUCAAAACACCUCAGAAAGCUUACAAGAUCGAAUCGAAUGCUCCGCAUGGCAAACGGUGCCGAAGUACCAUCACAUGGCGUUUGGAUGGGAACACUCUAA